AUGGUCAUCAUUUCUACAGCUCAUACAGCUUAUGGCGCAUAUCGUUAUAUGGGCUGCUAUCAACAAGUAUUAUAUGAUAGUUAUUUCACCAGCUCCUACAUGGAACCAAAUUUAUGUUUUCGUUUAUGUGAAACACCGAUAGUCUUUAUUCAAGGCACAAUGUGUCGAUGUUCAGGCAGUGGUAUAAUGCAUUACGAUCGACACGAAGAUCGCGAUUGUCCAAUACAAUGUAGAAAGCCAGGUGACUAUCGAGUGAAAACAGAUGCAAAAUGCGGCGGUGCACAAACCUAUUCAGCUUAUGCUGAGGAAGAUUUUUACACACGACAUGCUUAUUUACUUGAAUAUCGUAUUCAAUAUGAAUCAUGUCAAUUUUGGAACAGAUCUGAUUAUUAUGAUACAUUCCAAGUUAAAACCGAUGGAUUAUCUACUAAAUCUCCAUUGACUAGAUUAGAACGAUGCGCAGCUACAUGUCUAGAUCGAAAUUCGACGACAAUAUCAAUAGCUUUCAAUGAUGAUAAUAAUCAAUGUUCGUGCAUAAUGCCGAAGGAAUCAAAUGAAAACUCCGAUCGGUCAUCGUAUUUAGCAAUUUUACCCAAUGAUAAGUGCGAUCGAUAUUGUGAGAACAUAGUGGGCGAUUCAAAAGUUAAACAGAAGUUUCAAUGCGGCUCAUUAACAAAUGAAAGAAUAUGGGCGAUAUAUAAAUUAAAUGAUUUAUGUCCGGCCGAUUCUGUUUAUAUAAAAGAAUUGAAGCAAUGUAUGUUUACAGAAAAAAUUCGUACUGCUGUAUGCUCGUCGCCAGCAAUGAAAUACGUCUAUGAUGGAAAUGUAACAUGGGAUAUGUUUCUGAAAGUGAUUAAAAAAUUAAAUUUAACUAAGUCUAUUGUUUCAGUCGAUUUCGAUGAUGUUGUUAUUAUUGAUUCUUCGUGGAAAUGUCAAACGAACACAACAGACAAUAGAACCAAGUCGAAUAUUUCCAAUAUGAAUUAUUCUACUGGAAACUUUACUACAAAUUAUGUAUUAAAAAAUGGCUGUUUACGUGAAAAUUCAUAUACAUUGUCUUCACAUAUAUCAUCAAAUCGUUUAUGUAUAACAUAUGCUAUCAAUAAGAAAUCACCACUUGAUGAUAUAUUGAUUAGUUUUAAUAGUUAUUAUCGUAUUAAUCAGAUGGGAACAAGCUGCAUGCCAAAUUGGUUUGAUUUAAAUGGAAAUUGCUAUCGGAUGUCAAAUGAAGCUAAAACAAUACAAAAAGCAAAAAAUAGUUGCAUUAAUAUAUCGGAGUUUAAAAAAGAGAUAUCUUUGUUAGAAAGUCAUACAGCGCUUGAUGACGAUGAUGAUGAUGAUGAAGAUAGGAAAAAAUUUGCCAGUGAAGCAACGAAAUUUAUCAGUGAGUAUCUCACAGGUGAAAUCGCUCAAUAUACAUCCCGAUGGCAAACACAUCUUGGUUUUUACCUACUUGAUACAAAUGCAUCCAAUGUUGAAGAAAAUAGUGACAGCUUUCCAAUAUACGUCCAAAGCAUGUCAUCGCUACCCGUCAAAACACAAGUAUCACCACUAAUACUUGUUGAAAGUAUUAACUCUUCGUCAAUAAGUGAAUUUCAAAUGAUAAAUUCAAAUGAAAAUAACAACUCAACCAUCGGCGAUGAUUCCUGUAUAGUUGUCACACGACCAGUGCUAGAUCAACAAGGAAUUUCUAUUUUAAAAACUACUCAAAUUCAUAAUUGUUCAAGACCAGUACAUGUUUUAUGUAAAUCAAGAACAAAAAUAAGCAUUCCAUUUCGUCCUGUUUGUUAUGAUAAACCGUUGACACUUGGACUACCAGCAAUGAUAUCAAAUUACUUAACGCAUGAAUUAUGUUUAUCUGUUUGUAAAGAAUUAACAGUAGAUGUAGCUGUUGUACAAAUGAAUAAAUGUUAUUGCUUGAAUUCUUUUCUUACACAUACCUCGAGAAUUAUAUCACACCAUGAAAAGUAUCGAAAAGAGCAUUGCGGAAAUCCUUGUCCGGGUAACCAACAUGAAUAUUGUGGUAAUAACAAUACAGUUGUUGCCAUGAACAUCAAACGCAUACCAUUAUCGUUCAGAUACAGCACCAUCACUCAACUAACACCAUCAUAUCCAGAUUUCAUUUAUGAUACUUGCCUACAUGUCGACACUGCUGCGCAAUCAAAGAUGUUUCAAUUCUAUUUGAAUUAUGCAGAUGAUGUUCAUCCACGUCAUUGUUUAGAAUUAUGUACAAAGUAUGAACAAAAAUAUGCACUGCUCAAUGCAAAGAAAUGUUUAUGUUCCAAUAUUCGAAUAAAAAAAAGAGAAACGGAUAGCUGGCUCUUACCUCGAGAUAAUAAUUGUACCGAAGAAUGUCUGGGUAAUUAUUUUUAUUCAUGUGGAAAUAUUAGUGAAUCAUCGGUAUAUUCGGUGUAUUCAUUGCAGAAGAACUGUCCUGUCGGUUUUCGAAAUGCUCAAGAUGAUCAGCGAUGUGUGCGUGCUGGUACAACAGAAAAUAUAACAUCUUUUUCGAAUGCACAAUCCUCCUGUGAAUCAUUUGGUGGUAUGAUUGCUAAGAUAAAUGAUGCUUUGGAAAUUCAACAUUUAGCACCCAAAUCUACGCUAACUGGUGGUAACGAUGAAAUAUGGCCCUACUCGUCUGCUUCACGAAUACCUGAACGAGUACACUACUUUUGGAUUGACCGUACAUCAAGCACCUCAAAUAAGGAUGCAACAUUAGAUUUUUCGAUUCCAAAAUGCUCAAUGAAAACUUCAGAAUCAGUUGAUCGACAUUGUAUUGCGGUUAUUUUUGAAAAGACGAUCACUCAUGAUACAGUAUCUUAUGAUCCUUGUAUCAUUGAAUCCAACGAAUGUUCGUCCACAUCCGCUGUACCAGUUUGUGUUGAUAAAAAUUUAAAAUCUGAUCCAACUUUUAUUCAUUCUACAGAAGUUGGUGAUGAUUCAGUUGUUUCAGUUAAUACAACAAUCGAGUAUUCUUGUGGUGGUGAUAAAGAGUAUCAUCUAGUAAAUGGAUUCUGUUAUAAAAUAAUUGUUCACGAAACAACUUGGCAAGAGGCAAAAUCUCAAUGUGAACGUGAAAAUGCGGCGUUGUUUAUACCGGAAAAUGUUAUAGCAAUAAAAUUGAUAAAAUUAUUAUUUUUACGUGAACAGAGUUAUACAUCAUCCGGUUUUGCACAUGUUGGUGUUACUUAUGAUAAUAAAAAUAGUACUAUUAAAAAAUCCAACACUAAUAAUGCAAGUAGUGUACUGGAUACAAUGGAGAUCACAAGUCCUUAUUUUUCAUGUGAAAGCACAUUUCUUCGUCAUUAUCGACAAUUAAUGUCAUCAUCAAUUCUAUCAACGAAGGAAAAAGAACGAUUGAAAAAUGAACAAACUGCUUGCGCAUAUGUCGAUGUCCGAUCUGAAGACAGGAAAUAUGUGUUAUGUGACGACAUACGUUGUGAUCGAUCGGCCACUGUUAUAUGUCAAAAAGCGCCCAUAACAAAAGCACGUACAGUUGUAGCGAAAAGCUCACCGAUGAAUAUGCAAUUCAAUUUCCAUGCGUCUUCAAAACCUGUCGGUACGCGUUUUCCAUUAGCUCUCUUCUUGUCUGCAACUCUAUUUAUUGCUAUAUUAACUGGAUCGAUAUACUUAUUAUACAAUCGUUAUUUAAAACAGAAGAAUAAUACAAGACUUCGAACAGCACGCGACAACGAUGAUUCCGUUUAUUCUCCAUUGGCAACUGGAAAUGAUUUUGAUUUACAUUAG